GAGUAUUAUUUGUCAUGUAAAACAUUACCCACAGUUUCAUCCUGCCUGCUGUGUGUGUGUGUGGUCUGAGUGUAAAGGGCUCCAGCUAGUUUAAAGCUUCAGAGAGAACUGCACUGUGUUCAUUUCCCUUCAGUUGGUUUGUGGGCUUCUGGACGUUUUUAUGUCUCUUCUCUGGACUUACUGAGAAGAAAAUGAAGGACAUCUUUGGGAUCCUGCUGAUGUUCGCAGGAGCUGCCUCGGGUUUGCUGUUUCAGGAUCCUGUUGUCUGGAGAUUUACUGAGAGUAAUCAGUGUUAUGUAGCUCUGGGACAACGACUGCACCUGCCAAUGCCCCUGGAGGAAAAGUUAGAGCUAAAGAUCAUAGACAAGACAUCUACCCCUCGUUUAAUUAUAAGAUAUAGAAAAAUCCAAAGUAACCCACCAAAACCAAAUCCCCCAAGAUGGCAGUUUGUUAAUGAGAGUAAAACUAUGAUACUAACCAGUGCAGAGAGGAACGACUCUGGAACAUACACUUUAGACACCUUUGAUGCAAACGGGAAUAAAAAAGACAAUUAUACUCUCCAGCUAAACACUGAAGCUGAGGUGUCCUCAGUGAAAUUGUCGUACAGCUGCUUGUCCCCUGGAGUCAUGAAAGUGUACUGUUCUGCUGAUGGAGACAAUCUCCGUUUCAACUGGACUUCUGAUUUAAACACACUCCCUCAACUGGAGAACGGGAACAGCGCUCUCAUACUGAAUAAAGAUCAUCAUGGAAACGUCACCUGCCGUGUAGAAAAUCAUGUCAGCUAUAACAACAAUACCACUGAACUCCACCCAUGUCCUGAGUCCACAACUAGCGCUUCCGCAACGGUGACCAGUCAGACAUCGCCAGCAUCGAGCCUUGGUAUGAAUUCCACAGUAAGCCAGACUAACAGCAGCAAUCUGAUUGUUACCACGAGCGCCACAAGCUCCAGUAAUAGCUCAGUGGUUCUAAAACUCACUCUGAUUAUCCUGAGCUCAGUUUGUGUGCUUCUCAUCAUGAUAUCCAUCUUAGCAUUCUACAUAUACAAGAAGAGACAAGGCCAAAAGAACAAAGAAGCCCCUUCUCAGGAUGACAGGGAGCUUGUGUACGCGCAGGUCACACAUCUACCCACAGACAGGACAGAGACAAGACCCAGGAUGUCCCAAGCUCAAGAUGAUGAUGUGGAGUAUGCUAUGGUGGUCACACGAACGAGCAAGAGGAAGCAGAAGAAGAAAGAAGAUGAGGUGCAGUAUGGCGAGCUGGUAUUUAACACUCCAGAGAAAAACAAGCCCAAAGUGCAAGACGAUUGUGUGUACUCACAGGUCCAGAAUAGUCGGUGAGGGACACAGAUUAUUUUUUUUAUUCAGCAACAAAUUGGAGCUUAAAUAUCUAAAUACUGUCUUUUUAAAAAUGUAACUAGACUUAUCCAUUUGUAUUUUGCAAGAUCAUUCUGGUAGAGGAAGUAGCUACUGGAGAUAUUCCACCCAUACACAC